GAAGAAAUCACUGGCGUGCGUGUUACACAGAGCUUUGGAGAUCGUAGCAAAAAUGAAGGCAUGCUGCUUGGAUGUGGUGCCGGGAGGUAGGGGCGGAGGAGCCGCUAGAUCGUGGCUGCGCCUAGUGCCUUCGAAGGCAUUUGACGGUGUUGGUGAUUCUGCACGUAAUUAGUGGAGUUGUCUCAAACCUUUGCCUCCGCCAAAUGAAACCUCCAUUUGAGUGGUCCGCUCGGUUAUUUCUAGGCGUGAACUGAGGAUUCUAAACUCAAAAUGGUGCUCUGUAGAUGUCCAACUUAAGCGUUUUUGAGGAGUUGCAAAUUGGAGCCUCCUGACUGGGUUAAUCCAUUGUGUAGCCGAGGUUCGGUUUUUCUGGAGUAUCUGGUGUUCACGUUGAUGUACUUCGGCCAGUACAAGGUAGCCCAUUGAUGGUCGCUGCGAGAGCCUUGUGCAUCCCUGCGUGUAAUUUGACCCUGUGCAAGGCUUAUUUUAUGCCAGUUAUUGCCUGCAGUUAGAAUUGAAUAACUAUGCGAAUGAGUUGAGACCCUGGAAACCUGGCUUGAGUGAUUUCAGAGGACAGUGGUAGCUGGUUUGAAAUGUGUACGGAUGCUGACAAUUACAUUCAUAGAUUUCAGAUUUCCUUCAGUACUGUGUGAAAGAAUAAAUGACAAAACUUAGCCCCAGGCCAGAUGAACUUGGUUGGUAGAGGGCACCUUGAGGAAUGUACAUUGUUCGAGAGCAACAGAGGUGGCAAUGGUCUUUGAACAUUUUUCACUAUGGCACCCCUAGGAUGCUUUGUUGAGGAAAAUAAUGCAAAGUAAGGUUUUUAAAAUGACUAGUUAUAUUGUCUGAAUUAAUUUUGUUUGUGUUAAUAGAACAAAGUAAUGAUGUGAACAGUUGUAACUGUUUACCUAUACUGAAAGUUUUUUUCCUAUGGAAAGUUUUUAAUAUUUAUUUUCAUAAGAAUAGACAUUCUUGGAAUCUGGUUUUCAUACAGAUUUCUCAUGAUCUGACAAUAGACAUAGUCAGAAAUUGAUAGCACAGAAAAUGGUAACAGUAAACACACACUCGAUUUUAUUAUAAGGAUCUGAUUUUAAAAGCCUGUUUGUAACUCUUCUGUGCUUCUUGUCCAAAACAAAGACCUUGCUGACCUUACUUCGGUUUUACUUUUGUUUUUUUGAGAUGGAGUUUUGCUCUUGUUGCCCAGGCUGGCAUGCAAUGGUGUGAUCUCUGCUCACUGCAGCCUCUGCCUCCAGGGUUCAGGCAAUUCUUCUGCCUCAGCCUCCCUACUAGUUGGGAUUAUAGGUGCCUGCCACCACACCUGGCUAAUUUUUGUAUUUUUAGAAGAGUCGGGGUUUCGCCCUGUUGGUCAGGCUGGUCUCAAACUCCUGACCUUAGGUUAUCCAUCCGCCUCUGCCUCUCAAAGUACUGGGAUUACAGGUGUGAGCCACCUCGCCCGGCCGGUUUUACUUUUAAGGUAUGAUAUUAAAUACAGUUGAAACAGAGACUGUCAUAAAGUUUAAUCUUAACAGUUUAAAAGAUUCUGGCAUUUAAAUAUUCUGUUAGUAAUCUGGAGUAUAUGUAAAUGUUGAUUUUAGAUACUCAUCCUUACAGUGUUUAUUGCUUUUUUUUUUUCAAGUAGCAUAUGCUUAACACUAACAAAGAUUAUUUUGUUGUAACAGGUUUACGUUUAUGUUUAAUUGGCUUAGGAACUUCAGAGUAAAUAGUUGCCCUUAGAAUGCUGAUUAUAAUGAAGGUAGAGUGGAAUGAACUGUUUCAUUUGACAUUCAAUGAUUUAAAAAAUAAUUAAGUCAUACUGGGGAUAUAUGAAACUAAAUUACAAUAUUUUUCAUCACAACUACCACUGCCUUUUUGUUAAACAGCUGGCUUUCCUGAGAUAAAUUUUUGCUUUUCCAAAUGCUGUCGUUUGGCUUCUAAAACCUAGCCAGAGGAGGAGGUCAGGUCUGGAGGAGGGAAGCCUUUCUCCUUAGUGAAGAGAGCUUUCAGUUUGGAGUAAAAUGGAAGACACAGUUCCUGCAGUAGCAGCUGGGAAUGGCGUAUUUACAUCACCUCUCCAACCCCAAGUGAAGGGGAUGAGGUCCUGAUCGUAACUGAGCCUUGCUUGACCCAGGAGGGUGUUGCUAACUUGACUUUUUUUUUUUUUAAAGACUAUGAUGAAAGUUAGUUCAUUUAUUGUUUGAUUUGAGUAUAUAGAGUAUCUUUUUUUGUCAUAGAAGCUCACUAACCUUUUAAGAUUGAAGAACCAUUUUAAAGACUAUUAGGAGGGGUUGUUUUGGGCCUUCUGCAGUAGGAAUUGGAGCAUUAGAUUGCAUGCUUAUGCUUUGGAUGACUGUUUAUCAUUCAGUCAGGAUUUUUGCCUAUCAUUGUGCAAAGGUGAUAUUUGAGAUUUUAUAAGAAAGAAAAUUGGCUGUGAACUCUAGAUUGUCCCAUUUACCAAAGUAAAACAUGAAAGACAAUUAAGAUUUGGGGAUAGAGCAAGCAAAGAGCAGCUGAAGCCUGUGGGAAAAGCUUGAGAAAUGGAGAGAAGGAGACAGGGACAGAUUUAUAGACGUCCUUGGGAGCUAGAAGGAUAGGUUGAGGGAACAGAAGGCGGAGUCCUGAACAGGCAGAGCAGGAAAGGGUCUGUAUAAGCCGGGAAGAACCAGGUAACUUUAUUUGUGUCUGUCUGUUUUGUUUUUGUUAUCUUUGAUUGAAAUUGUUUUGGCUUCUUUCUCAUGAUUUUAAGACAAAUGGAUUUUUACCUUUUCUCCAGCUCUAUCUCGAAGGGUCUUCAAAUAUUUUUAGGUGAGAAGUAAGGAAAUAUUUUGAAGUGUUGGUGGCACAGUCUUUAGUCUGUCUUGCAUGAUAACUGGUUUCACAGUGAAGGUGACUGGAUUUUAGUUAAUUAAGAUACUUAACAUCUUAAUAGUUUGAAGAUGUCAUAGAUUUGAGUAGGGACAGCAAAAUGUCAUGUGAGAAGUGGAUCAUAUUUUUGGAGGAGGGUAGAUUGUACAGGUUUUCUUGCUUUUACCCAGUCUAAUUAUGACUAUUCAAAAUCAAACAAAUGAACUUUUAAAUAAUUGUAUGGUCAUGAGGAGAGCUUUCAUUACAAAAUGAUAUACAAUAAGCUUUCUUUAAACAGACUUUAAUACAGUAGAGUCCAUUUAUAAAUUUUCAGCUUAUACAUAACUUUUUAGGAAUAUAAUUGCUUAAAAAUAUAAAGGUUGUCAAAAAUAACUAUAAAACCUUGUGCAGAAAGUGUAUUAUCUGAUAUUGAAACUGAAAAAUAUAUAAUAUUUGCCAGUGAACUUGCUUGAAUAACCCGAUUAAAAUAAUGGUGCAGUUUCCUAUUGUACAGAUCAUGCAUUUGAAAUGUUUAUUUAAUGAAAAGUAAAUUAUGUAAUUUUUAAAAAUCUCCACCUGGGAUAUAACAAGGUUUUACAUGUUUAAACAUGCUGAAAAUCCAUACCCUUUGUUCCAUUUUUGGAGUUUUUCUAAAAAUGAAUUCUUUGCUUAGCCUUAAAUAUUUUCAGAGAAUGAAGAAGCUAUUGCAGGGAUGGAAAGCUGUUUGUUAAGAAUGCAUUCCUCCUCUGUAGCCCUCAAAAGACUAUAGAGCUGUGUGCAGAGCUAGACAAUCUGGGCAUCCAGCCAUAAAACAUCACUGCUGUAGCACAGAUAGUUGUUCGCACUCUCCUGAGCCCUCUGUGGCUGCAAACCACAACAGAAGAAAUGGUCUUGGGAAAGCAACAUUCACUGUUAUUUUGAACUCUUAAUAUGCUCUGUGUCUCUCUGAGUUCCAGCUAUGCAUUGGGACUUUGGUUUUCUAAAAUAUAGUAGUGAUUAAGGAUGCACAAUAAUAUAGCUUCUUAAGUAUAUGCCUCUUGUAAGCCAGCGGAUUUAAAUGUUUUCUCUAGGAAAUAAGGGGUGUCUAGGAACUAAGAGUUGUCUGUCCCACCAUUUUCCUCUUUAUUUGCCUCUUUGUUGUUGGAGAACCGCUGCCCUAAGACCCAUAUGAUCACUGGGCCAUGCACAGUGCAGAUGGCCCAAAGAGUCAUCUGGAGUUUUCCAGAGAUCUUGUGGGAUGGAUUGGUCUAAUGUGGCUCAGUUUCCACUUCCUCAUGAACCUUUUUGGUGUAACAGAAUUUUUAAUUUUUUGCAUAAAAAUGAAGUAGACAGUGACUGGCAUCUAUUCGUAUAAAAACAAACUGUUUACUCUGAAGACCCUCUGUUUCCCUCCUUCAGACACUUUUAAAAAUUAAUACUCUUGUAUUUUUAUAACAUCCCUCUCUGAAGGAUUGAACUACAAACCUACAGUAUCACAAUAUCAACUCGAAUUAUUCUAAGCAGUUGGAUAACUGCUCACAUAUGAGCAGUUGAGUAAAGGAAGUUGAGUCCUUUACUAAUGUGCAGAUUGUCUUUUGACGUGGCCAACUAAUGCCAGAUGCAGUUUAGUGCCCAGGUGGUUAUUGGGAAUAUGUGCUUUGUUUGAUUCAUUUCAUGUGUGCCUUCUAGCUUAUUAAGAAUAAGAUCUCUCACACUCAAAUCAAGUGCUUGGUUUGAGCCUGGAAAGGUAUGUUUUACCUGUUUAUUCCCAAAGAUAAUUUCUUUUUAUUUACUCUUUUAGGAAGCAGGGGAAACCUAAGUUAAAAUAGCAACUGAGAAUUAAACUAAGAUCUGAAACUGGGAAACGGCAAUGCAGGCACAGGUAUCACCGUUCCAACCACUGUUGCUGUGAGAUGAUGUGGACAGUAAUUGUUCAGAAGUUACGGUGGGGGAGAGGGAGAUGCACAAGUAUUUUUUUCUCAUACUACUUAUGAAAUACGAAAUGCAGAGUGAGGGGCCAAGAGUGUAGGGAAGGAAUUUAACAGGUUUUGUUCUUCAGGAGGCCAUGGCUGAUGUCUUAAACAAGGUUUUUUGGUAGGGAGGCAUAGUAAGGGAAGAAGGUGAUGGAUUUGUGGGAACAAGUACAUUUGAGUCACUGAGGACAGUUGGGAAUUGUGAGGUGGGAGUGGAUGAGGUUAGAAAGCACCCUCAGGUAACCAGAUCUCCAUUUACAAUUAAUGUGAGCAUGUAUGAUGUGCUUAUGUGCCAAGGACUUGAGUUUAUCUUAUUUAUCCUCACAACACUCCUAUGAAGUCUUUGCAUUUAACAUUCCCAUUUUAUAGAUGAGCAAAGGGAGUUAUUUCCACAAGAUCCUAUAGCUUAUAGGAGAUGAAGCCAGAAUUUAAACUCAGAUAGUACACUUCAAAGCCCUCACAUAUGGAAAAAGCUUGGAUUAUUUUGAUACCUUCUUCAUUAGUCUCCUAAGGCCGCCAAUAUUAACUGACUGCCUUCUGAGCAGUUUGGGUGUAUGAUCUCAUUCAUUCCUCCUCAGCAGCUUGUAAGUUAGGAACUGUGAUUAUACUCACUUUAUAGAUGGGGAAGCUGAAAGCUGAUGGAAGUUGAAUAAUUUGCCCCAAAGCAAAGCCUUAAUAAAUGUGUCUAGGUCCCCAGAAGCCAGAGCCUGAGCUCUUUAUCAUUCCACUGCACUGCCUUCUGUGCGCAGCGGCCACAGGGAAGGACAUGAACUUCUUCCCGCCCUCCCAAGCUGUUUUAUUAGUAAUAGUAAGAGAAAUUAUGGGCACCAGGCAAUCUGUUAAAGAGAGAGCAAUACAUGUUGUGAAGAAAGCCACGCACACAUACGGAAAAGUUAACAAAAAUCGAAGGUAAUAUAUCAUUAUAUAGCUGUAUACUGUAUCUCCUCUCAUAAAAGGAUGCAUGUCAAAAUAUUGGAUGCCCUGAGAAGUCCAGGAGCAAAAGAAAUAUGUUUACCUUUAUUGGCCUAGCAUUUCCUAGACUUAUGUGGCCAUUGGACAGUGUUUUCCCUUCAUACCACUUUUUAGUUCAGCAGGACUGACUUUAACAAAUUUAGAAAGGAAGAGCGCUUCGUCAUCCCCAGAGGCCUGCGGGCUGGAGUGGGUAGGCAAGACUUCCCUUGAAAUGAGCUCUGAAAGACUGGCAGAGUUUGGUUGGCUGAAAGGGAUAGUCUACAAGGAGACAUACAGGCAAGCCAUGUUUGGGAAUAUUUUGUAAAGUGUGUAACAUAAUGACCAAGACACAGUAGGGACGGGAUAUAGUUAUUGACUAGAUGAGUGCAGAGGCCUGGCUGUAAAUGGAGGUUCUGUGUUAGCAAUAAGGUUUAGAAGGGUCUCUGGGGCUAGCAGGUAGAACUUCUGGUUGUUGGCUUCUUAGGAAUGGUUGAUGUCUGUUGGUGGGCAUGACAUGAAUCGAGUGGUGGAUUAGAAACUUCCUUGAGCGGAGAUAUGGUGUUAAAACUGUGACUGUUGCAGCUGUGUAAGGUGAUGCUUACAUGCUGAUAGGGUCAAACUGAAAAGGUGUUAGGAAGAAUCAGCAGAAUAAAAUAAUACAAAACGAUUGAUGUGGGUUGUUGGAAAGAAUGAGCUCUAAGAGGCUAUGGUACUUACUGCUCUUCCUAGAAUGUGCCACAGAGGCUUUAAACUGAUAAAGAAGCUAAUGUUAGGGUAUUUGCUUGGCCAGGCGUAGUGGUUCACGCCUGCAAUCCCAGCACUUUGGGAGGCUGAGGUGGGCGGAUCACAAGGUCGGAAGAUGGAGACCGUGAAACCCAGUCUUUCCUAAAAAUACAAAAAAUUAGCCGGGCCUGGUGAUACGUGCCUGUAAUCCCAGCUACUCGGGAGGCUGAGGUAGGAGAAUUGCUUGAACCUGGGAGGUGGAGGUUGCAGUGAGCAGAGAUCGCGCCGUUGCACUCCAGCCUGGGGACAAGAGUGAUACGCCAUCUCAAAAAAACAAAAAACAGCCCACAAGGUAGCACGCUGCUCUUCUAAGAUGGCUGCCGCUACCUUUGUGAUAGCGGCCGCCGCUACCGUGUGAGGUGUGAUGGCCGCCUCAGGUCAGGUGGAAGGUAAAAAUAUCACCGAUCUGGCCAGGAGCGGUGGCUCCCACCUGUAAGCACUUUGGGAGGCCGAGGCGGGAGGAUCACGAGGUCAGAGGAACGAGAUCAUCCUGGCUAACAUGGUGAAACCCGGUCUCUACUAAAAAUACAAAAAAUUAGCCGGGUGGUGGCAGGCGCCUGUAAUCCCAGCCACUCGGGAGGCUGAGGUAGGAGAAUCGCUUCAACCCAGAAGGCGGAAGGCGGAGGUUGCGGUGAGCCAAGAUCGCGAACCUGCACUCCAGCCUGGGGGCAAGAAUGAAACGUCAUCAAAAAAAAAAAAAAAAAAAAAGAAGAAGAAGAAAAGCUGAGCCCAUGAGGUAGCGCACUGCUCUUCUAAGAUGGCCGCCGCUACCGGUGUGAUGGUCGCCUCGGGUCAGGUGGAAGGUAAAAAGAUCGCCGAUUUAGCCAGGCGCGGUGGCUCACGCCUAUAAUCCCAGCACUUUGGAAGGUCGAGGCGGGCGGAUCAUCAGGUCGGAAGAUCGAGACCAUCCUGGCUAACACGGUGAAACCAGUCUCUACUAAAAAUACAAAAAGCCGGGCGUGGUGGCACGCACCUGUGAUCCCAGCUACUCGGAAGGCUGAGGGAGAAAGAGCAAGAAACACAAGAAGAGGAACGUUUGAUGGAAGAAAAGAAAAAGAAAAAGCAGGAAGAAAAGAAAAAGAAGGAAGGUGCUCAGAAAAAGGCUGCUGAUCAAAAAACCAAAGGUUCCAGUGUGUCUUUGCCAGCUAUCCUUUAUGAUAAAAAAGUGCCAGAACCUACUAAGACCUGUUCAAGCCAGCCCCAACCUGCCGGUACCAGUACCAGUACUUCCACCAGCACUAUCUCCAACAGCAACAAUGGCAAACGUGCAUCUGCCAGUGGCCAGCAGCCAGCUGCAUCCCGUUACCUGCCUCGAGAGGUGCCUCCACGCUUCCGCCAGCAAGAACAGAAGCAGCUAUUAAAGAGAGGUCAGCCAUUGCCUACGGGGACUCUAACCAGUGUGAGCCCAACCCAGGGUGCUGGGCCUGCAGGGGUAAGCCCACCUCCCCUAUCUGGAGCCGGAACACAGCAUCAUCCCAGUAAGCUCCAACCAGAUCUCAGUCAUAGUGGAUUGGCAGAUCAUUAUGAAAAUUCCCACUGGGGACAGCAGCCUACUUACAGAAGUGAAGCCAACUGCAGCUGGGAUAAAGUGAUAAUAGAUAGGACUGACAAGGAGGCGUGGCCUUCCAUCACAGGAACAGAGACUGAAUCUGCCUCAGAAUGUACUACAGACACUGACUCUGCCUCCAACUGUGGCUCAGAGAACAGUAGCAUGGCUACAGGGAGUGCCCAGGGCAACUUCACUGGACAUACCAAGAAGACAAAUGGCAAUAAUGGCACCAAUGGCGCACUCGUCCAAAGCCCUUCUAAUCAGAGUGCCCUUGGAGCAGGAGGAGCGAACAGUAAUGGAAGUGCAGCCAGAGUGUGGGGUGUAGCCACAGGCUCCAGCUCUGGCCUGGCUCACUGCUCUAUCAGUGGUGGGGAUGGAAAAAUGGACACCAUGAUUGGAGAUGGGAGAAGUCAGAAUUGCUGGGGUGCUUCCAACUCCAAUGCUGGCAUUAAUCUUAACCUUAAUCCUAAUGCCAACCCAGCUGCCUGGCCUGUACUUGGACAUGAAGGAACCGUGGCAACAGGCAGCCCUUCCAGUAUUUGCAGUCCAGUCAGUGCCAUAGGUCAAAAUAUGGGCAACCAGAACGGGAACCCGACAGGCACUUUAGGUGCUUGGGGAAAUUUGCUGCCGCAAGAGAGCACAGAACCACAAACGUCCACUUCUCAGAAUGUGUCUUUCAGCGUACAACCUCAGAACCUUAACACUGAUGGACCAAAUAACACUAACCCCAUGAACUCUUCACCCAACCCUAUCAAUGCAAUGCAGACAAAUGGACUGCCAAACUGGGGCAUGGCUGUUGGUAUGGGGGCCAUCAUCCCACCCCACCUGCAAGGCCUUCCUGGUGCUAAUGGAUCAUCAGUUUCUCAAGUCAGUGGGGGCAGUGCUGAAGGAAUAAGCAAUUCCGUGUGGGGAUUGUCCCCAGGUAACCCUGCCACAGGAAAUGGCAAUUCUGGGUUCAGUCAGGGGAAUGGAGACACUGUGAACUCAGCAUUAAGUGCUAAACAAAAUGGAUCCAGCAGUGCUGUGCAAAAGGAAGGAAAUGGAGGAAAUGCUUGGGAUUCAGGACCUCCUGCUGGUCCUGGAAUACUUGCUUGGGGAAGGGGCAGUGGCAACAAUGGUGUUGGUAAUAUCCAUUCAGGAGCUUGGGGCCACCCCAGCCGAAGCACCUCUAAUGGUGUGAAUGGAGAAUGGGGAAAGCCCCCAAACCAGCAUUCCAAUAGUGACAUCAAUGGGAAAGGAUCAACAGGGUGGGAAAGUCCUAGUGUCACCAGCCAGAACCCUACUGUGCAGCCUAGCGGUGAACACAUGACCUCCUGGGCCAAAGCUGCGUCUUCUGGAACUACAGCAAGUGAAGGAAGUAGUGAUGGUUCUGGCAACCACAAUGAAGGAAGCACUGGGAGGGAAGGAACAGGAGAAGGCCGAAAGCGAGAUAAAGGGAUUAUAGACCAAGGGCAUAUCCAGUUGCCAAGGAAUGAUCUUGACCCAAGAGUUCUGUCUAAUACUGGUUGGGGACAGACUCCUGUAAAGCAAAACACUGCCUGGGAAUUUGAAGAAUCCCCUAGGUCUGAAAGGAAAAAUGACAAUGGGACAGAGGCCUGGGGUUGUGCAGCUACUCAGCCUUCAAACUCAGGGGGGAAGAACGAUGGGUCCAUCAUGAACAGUACAAAUACCUCUUCAGUAUCUGGGUGGGUCAGUGCGCCACCUGCCGCUGUGCCAGCAAACACAGGUUGGGGAGAUGGCAACAACAAAGCGCCAAGUGGCCCGGGGGUUUGGGGGGACUCGAUAAGCUCUACUGCUGUUAGUACUGCUGCUGCUGCCAAGAGUGGCCAUGCUUGGAGUGGGGCUGCAAAUCAGGAGGACAAGUCACCCACCUGGGGUGAGCCUCCAAAGCCCAAAUCCCAACACUGGGGAGAUGGACAAAGAUCAAAUCCAGCCUGGAGUGCAGGAGGGGGAGACUGGGCAGAUUCAUCAGCUGUCCUGGCACACUUAGGGGAUGGGAAAAAAAAUGGAUCUGGAUGGGAUGCUGAUAGUAAUAGAUCAGGGUCUGGUUGGAAUGACACCACGAGAUCUGGGACCAGCAGCUGGGGCAGCACAAAUACAAAGGUCAAUCCAGGUACAAACUGGGGGGAGACUUUAAAACCUGGCCCCCAACAAAACUGGGCUAACAAACCCCAAGACAACAAUGUGAGUAACUGGGGAGGAGCUGCUUCUGUGAAACAGACAGGAACAGGGUGGAUCGGGGGGCCGGUACCAGUCAAACAGAAGGACAGCAGUGAAGCAACUGGCUGGGAAGAACCCUCUCCACCGUCCAUUCGCCGCAAAAUGGAAAUUGAUGAUGGUACCUCAGCUUGGGGGGACCCAAGCAACUAUAACAAUAAAACUGUAAACAUGUGGGAUAGAAACAACCCGGUCAUCCAGAGCAGUACCACAACCAAUACCACCACCGCCACCACUACCACGAGCAACACCACACACAGGGUGGAGACGCCGCCACCACACCAGGCCAGUACUCAACUGAAUCGAUCACCAUUGCUCGGUCCAGGUAUGAAAGUUUCAUCAGGCUGGGGAGAAAUGCCUAAUGUUCACUCAAAGACUGAACACUCUUGGGGAGAACCAUCCUCCCCUUCUACCCUGGUGGACAAUGGCACAGCAGCAUGGGGGAAGCCUCCCAGCAGUGGCAGCGGGUGGGGAGAUCACCCUGCCGAGCCGCCGAUGGCGUUUGGAAGAGCUGGCGCACCUGUUGCUGCCUCGGCCCUGUGCAAACCAGCUUCAAAAUCUAUGCAAGAAGGCUGGGGCAGUGGUGGGGAUGAAAUGAACCUCAGUACCAGCCAGUGGGAGGAUGAAGAAGGAGACGUGUGGAAUAAUGCUGCUUCCCAAGAAAGCACCUCCUCCUGCAGCUCCUGGGGGAACGCCCCCAAAAAAGGACUUCAGAAGGGCAUGAAGACGUCUGGCAAGCAGGAUGAGGCCUGGAUCAUGAGCCGGCUGAUCAAACAACUCACAGACAUGGGCUUCCCGAGAGAACCAGCUGAGGAGGCCUUGAAGAGUAACAAUAUGAAUCUUGAUCAGGCCAUGAGCGCUCUGCUGGAAAAGAAGGUGGACGUGGACAAGCGUGGGCUGGGAGUGACCGACCAUAAUGGAAUGGCCGCCAAGCCCCUCGGCUGCCGCCCGCCAAUCUCCAAAGAGUCUUCCGUGGACCGCCCCACCUUUCUUGACAAGGAUGGCGGUCUCGUGGAAGAGCCCACGCCUUCACCGUUCUUGCCUUCCCCAAGCCUGAAGCUCCCCCUUUCACACAGUGCACUCCCCAGUCAGGCCCUGGGUGGGAUUGCCUCCGGGCUGGGCAUGCAAAACUUGAAUUCUUCUAGACAGAUAACGAGUGGCAAUCUGGGUAUGUUUGGCAAUAGUGGAGCAGCACAAGCCAGGACCAUGCAGCAGCCGCCACAGCCACCAGUGCAGCCUCUUAACUCUUCCCAGCCCAGUCUCCGUGCUCAAGUGCCUCAGUUUCUAUCCCCUCAGGUUCAAGCACAGCUUUUGCAGUUUGCAGCAAAAAACAUUGGUCUCAACCCUGCACUAUUAACCUCGCCAAUUAAUCCUCAGCAUAUGACGAUGUUGAACCAGCUCUAUCAGCUGCAGCUGGCAUACCAACGUUUACAAAUCCAGCAGCAGAUGUUACAGGCCCAGCGUAAUGUGUCCGGAUCCAUGAGACAACAGGAGCAGCAAGUUGCGCGCACAAUCACUAAUCUGCAGCAGCAGAUCCAGCAGCACCAGCGCCAGCUGGCCCAGGCCCUGCUCGUGAAGCAGCCACCGCCGCCGCCACCCCCGCCGCACCUGUCUCUGCACCCCUCUGCAGGCAAAUCGGCCAUGGACAGCUUCCCCUCACACCCCCAGACUCCCGGCCUACCUGACCUGCAGACCAAAGAGCAGCAGUCUUCACCCAACACCUUUGCUCCUUACCCUCUUGCUGGACUGAACCCAAACAUGAAUGUCACCAGCAUGGAUAUGACAAGUGGCUUGUCGGUGAAGGACCCAUCCCAGUCCCAGUCACGCCUCCCCCAGUGGACGCACCCCAACUCCAUGGAUAGCUUGCCCAGCGCCGCCUCCCCCCUGGAGCAGAACCCUAGCAAGCGUGGUGCUAUCCCUGGAGGUCUAAGCAUUGGGCCUCCAGGUAAGUCCUCCAUUGAUGACUCCUAUGGCCGGUACGAUUUAAUCCAGAACAGUGAGUCACCUGCCAGUCCUCCCGUAGCUGUUCCCCAUAGCUGGUCACGUGCCAAAUCUGACAGUGAUAAAAUCUCAAAUGGCUCUAGCAUCAGCUGGCCCCCAGAAUUCCAUCCGGGAGUUCCAUGGAAAGGACUGCAGAAUAUUGACCCUGAGAAUGACCCUGAUGUCACUCCUGGCAGUGUCCCCACUGGGCCUACCAUCAAUACCACCAUCCAGGAUGUCAACCGCUACCUCCUCAAGAGUGGAGGGUCCUCCCCGCCAUCAUCUCAGAAUGCCACGCUGCCUUCUUCGAGUGCCUGGCCGCUCAGUGCCUCCGGCUACAGUAGCUCUUUCAGCAGCAUUGCAUCCGCGCCUAGUGUUGCAGGUAAACUGUCAGACAUUAAGUCAACAUGGUCCUCUGGCCCUGCCUCCCACACGCAAGCCUCUCUGUCUCAUGAACUGUGGAAGGUGCCCAGAAACACUACUGCACCCACGAGGCCACCUCCAGGGUUAACCAAUCCCAAGCCUUCCUCCACCUGGGGUGCCAGCCCCCUCGGCUGGACCAGCUCCUACUCCUCGGGUUCUGCCUGGAGCACCGACACCUCAGGAAGAACCAGCAGCUGGCUUGUUCUUCGAAACCUCACUCCCCAGAUCGAUGGCUCCACACUGCGGACACUGUGUUUGCAACAUGGGCCUCUCAUCACAUUCCACCUGAAUCUGACUCAAGGCAAUGCCGUGGUCCGGUACAGCUCCAAGGAGGAGGCUGCCAAGGCCCAGAAGUCUCUGCACAUGUGCGUCCUGGGAAACACUACCAUCCUGGCAGAGUUUGCUGGCGAAGAAGAAGUGAAUCGCUUCUUGGCUCAAGGCCAGGCACUGCCAUCCACCUCCAGCUGGCAGUCCAGCAGCGCAUCCAGCCAGCCGCGGCUCAGCGCAGCGGGCAGCUCCCAUGGCCUGGUGCGCAGCGAUGCUGGCCACUGGAAUGCCCCAUGCCUGGGUGGCAAGGGAAGCAGUGAGCUGUUGUGGGGUGGGGUGCCCCAGUACUCCAGCAGCCUGUGGGGCCCGCCCAGUGCCGACGACAGCAGGGUGAUCGGCAGUCCAACCCCACUGACCACCCUGCUGCCCGGGGACCUGCUCAGUGGGGAGUCCCUGUAGGAGCUGCCGCCAUCAGCACCAGGAGAGCCGACCCCUCCCGGGACCCUCCCAGCUGGACGGCCCCACACACCCACUGGAACCCCGUGGCGGCCGCCCUUUUGAGUACCUCUGUCCAGGACUGAAGACGAACCUUGGCCGCAGUCCUUGCGAACUGUUCCCAAAACAGUGCGGGCUGCGGUGGGUCAGCGUCACAUGCUAAUGACAGUAUGUUCCUUGUAGCUUUUUAUUUUGUGUGUCUUAUGUUUGUAUAGUAAGUUGUCAUUUUGAUUUUUUUUUUUUUUUUUUUUUUUUAAGUAUAAAAGCUGCUUAGAAUAGUUCUAUCAUGAAGGGCACUUUUCAGAUUGUGGGCUGGAAAGGGUUAUUUUAUCUGUGGGGGAGGGAGGGAGACGUGAAGCCUAUUUAAAAUGAGCCUGUGACGAUUAUGCACAUUACCAGAGGCGGCCGGUAAUCAGGGCAGAGUCUGGUGUGGACAGCCGGGCGCAGAGCGGCUCCGCAUGGUAGUUGAGUGGAAGGCGCAGGCUGCGGUCUGCUCUGUUCCCCUGGAUCCGCCUAUGCACAUUACCCUUGUUUCAUUACUUUUUCAUGUCAUUUUUUUAUCCCAAAAAAUAUUUUUUAAAAGUUAAAAAAAAAAGACAUAUCAAACAUGCAAAUACUUGAAUCCAGCAGGCCAAUAGUGAAAUGUGAACACUUUCUAAUUCUACACUUCCAGGUUGACAUCAGUACACAGAACAGGCUCUAGGAAAAAUUUCUAAGUUCAUAGCCUACGUGCGUGUGUAUGUGUGCGUGUUGAAACAAGUGUGUGUGCGUGUGCGGUGCGUGAUUCUCAGCACGCAGUUCUCUGUGUCCGUGUGUUUGAAAGCGUGUGAGGAUUUAACUGUGGGUUUCCCUUGUAUUCAGUAUAUGCUUUUUUUUGGCGCAUUGGUCAAACGUUUGUUACUAUUAGCUUCUAACUUUGCACUGAGUGUCCUCGCCCUUCCUUUAGCUAAUCCUAUACAUCACAGAGAAUUCCCAGGACAGGGCCGGCGACAAUUCAUGUGUAAAUGUUUACUCAAGGACUCUGUGACUGCGUUUAAAAAGUACAGUGUAUAUCUCUGGAGAAAGAAUAUGUAUACCUACCUUUAGCAGCUUUUUAUUGUGAACUAAUGCAAGAAAAUUAUUACCAGAGUAUUGCACCAUUUUUCCAUUUGGAAUAUAAAGUUAACGAGAAAAAAACUGUUGUUGAACUGUGGCCAUAGAUACUUGUAAAGAAUGGAUGGUUCCGCGGGAGGAACAGAAACAAGCACUUGGACGUGGGUUGUGACUGCUUUUGGGGGAGCCUGGGGUUUGGGCUCCCACCUGUUUACAGACCUUUUUUUCUCCUUCAGACUUUAAAAUUUUAAAAAUUUAAAAAGGAAUUAAAAAAAAAAAGACUUCCGUCGUAAAGAAACCUAUUUUCAGAAUGCAGAUACGCUCCUUCAGAGCUCUGGGACGGGACAGUGUUGUUCCCUCGGCCAUCGUCGUGGGCUCUGUCGAUUGCUUUCGCCCCUUCGUCAAGGUGACAGGCGUUGUGGCCACUGUCUUGCACAUGCCGGACGCGCUCUCAGGAAAGCCAGGGCUCCCGAGGGCAGCUCCACACCAUUUCAUGUAUUUUUAAACCCAACUCCUAGCACUGAAGAUGUUAUUAAAAAAAAAAAAAAAAAAAAAAUGAAAAAAUUUAAAAAAAGAAAACAAAAAAAAAAACAGACAAAGAAGAAAAAUACCUAAUCUCUAAUGUGUAGCAGUUACAUAUUUACCAAAUAAUGGACUCAAAAGAAAUAGAUGUUUGAAGAGUGCUUUAUAUAUUAAAAAUUGCUUUAUGUUUUAAGAAUGAUCAAUGUUUUGAUUGUUUUGCAAGGAAGAAAGACAAUGGAAUAACAUACCCUCAAGUAUGUUUUAAAAUAUAUAUAUAUGAACAUUGUGCUCCCUGCCUGCUUGAUCAGGAAACUUGUGCAUUACAUUUUUUUUAAUUAGCUUUUUAAUGGUUUUAUCAAUACAAAAAUAUAUACAAAAAAAAAAGUCCUGCAAGAUUGCAGAUCCACAAAAGCUGGUUUUAUAGAGACCAUGAACUAUGCACGGACUGGGUUCAAGACUUCUUUUCUCAAGUUCAGUAGGGUCUUCAGCAAGCCGACCUCCCUCAGUGACCGCAUCUCAUCGCCAUUACAUGCAUUCUGUAUAUUCGAUGGACAUACACCUGCGUAUGUGUAUCCAGUAUAUGUGCGUGUGAGCGUGUGUGUGCGUGUGUGCACCCGACAUACCACUUCCUGUGCUACCAGCGAGCACUGAGCUGUAGAACUCCUGGUGUUUUAAAAUUGGGGAUGAAAGUCAACAAUAUGUUAGUUUGUUUUGGGGUUUUGUUGGGUUUGUUUGAGGUUUUUUUUUUUUUUUUUUUUUGGACCUUUUAUUUUGGAUUUAAUUGUCUGUAACUCUGAGAUUAAAAAACAAGUUUGUGGCUCUUAAUGUUUUUCUCAUAGAAUGUGAUUGUUGAAGAACAUGCAUCGAAAUUUGCUUUCAAAAGUACAACGCUUUAUUGAAUCCUAAUAAAUUGCAAUUUUUUUUCUUGGCUGUUCAAA